AUGGAGAGCCCUCGACCGGUAGUGGAGUUCACCCUGGCCCUCAUCAAACCUGAUGCUGUGCACAAGGAACUGGAGAUCGAGGAGACCAUUCUUCAGUCAGGCUUCCUUAUAGUCCAGAAGAGGAGACUGCAACUGAGUCCGGAACAAGCCAGCGAGUUCUACGCUGAACACUCUUGUAAGAUGGUGUUCCCGAGCCUGACCACUCACCUCUGCUCAGGACUGCUGGUGGCCCUGCAUCUGGCCAGGGACUCAGCGGUCCGGCACUGGAAGGACCUGCUAGGGCCAGCCGACCCUGAGAGGGCAAAGGAGAUACAGCCCAGGAGUCUGAGGGCCAUUUACGGGACGGAUCGGAUCCGGAACGGGCUCCACGGCAGUGACUGCUUCUCCGCGGCUGAGAGAGAAAUCACUUUCUUCUUCCCCAACACCACAAUGGAGCCGUUCCCGAGUGGUCAAGCGGCCGAGGAUUUUCUCAGCAAGUACGUCACCCCGACCCUGAUCCUCGCCCUCACCCAGCUGUGCAAACUGAAGCCUCGCAAGCCCGUGGUGAGUCACAGAGAGUGUUCGGGCCCCCAUGUGUUCGGUCCCCUGUGUGUUCGGUCCCCCGUGUGUUCUGUCACCCGCGUGGUCCGUCCCCAGAGAGUUCGGGCCACUAGUGUUCGGUCCCCCGUGUGUUCCAUCCCCAGAGUGUUCGGGCCCCCAUGUGUUCGGUCCCCCGUGUGUUCGGUCCCCCGCGUGGUCCGUCCCCAGAGAGUUCGGGCCACUGUCUGGCUGGCUGACUGGCUGUUGGCCAAUAACCCGAACCGCCCCUCGGUGAGGGAGGAGAGAGUGAGGGAGCCUCCCACCUGCGAUCCCGGCCAGAGCUAUGAUAACACAGCCGGCAUUCCCAAACAACACUGA